UCGCGCUGUCACCCCCCCCUUCCCGCCAUGUGUCCCCUCGGUUGUCACCCUACGGGGGUGCUGAGCAAUGGCCGGGGCGGGGCGCGCCCUUCUCAGGAGUGUGGCAACACCACCGGCAACUUUCUUCCUUCCUUCCUCCCUUCCCCUCGGCCGCCCGCAGCGCCCGGAGCCGGGGGUCCCGCUGGAACCGGGGGUAGCACCGGAGCCGGGGGUCGCAGAGAGCCGGGGGUGUCACAGAAACCGGGGGUCCCAUGGGUGAGCGCUGCCCGGGGACCCCGCGCACGGCCCGGAGGGGUCACGGAGCGCCUGGCACGGCCGGUGCCACCGGGAGGGGUCCCCAAGGCUCGGGGGGCGCGGGCAGGGGGCGCGGGGGUCUCCGGGUGGCCGCUCUCAGCCUCGCCCUCCUCUUCCUCCGCGCAGAGGCCGAAGGCUUCGCCCUCUGCCACGCGCCCGCGCUGCAGACCAAGGUGUUCCAGUACCGGCUGUGGGACGUGAACCAGAGGUCGCUGUACCUGCGCGAUGACCAGCUGGUGGCCGGGCACCUGCAGGGCGCCAACGCCGCGCUGGAAGAGAAGGUGUUCUGGGUGCCCAACCGAGCCCUGGAGCCCGCGCGGCUGCCGGUGAUCCUGGGCAUCCGGCACGGCUCCCGCUGCCUCCGCACCGAGCGCGGCGCCGCCGGAGAGCCCCGGCUGCGGCUGCAGGACGUGGACAUCCGGGAGCUGCCCCGCGCCGGUGACAGCGGGGCCGCCUUCACCUUCUUCCGCUCCUACCGGGACGGGCUGUGGCGCUUCGAGUCGGCCGCGCACCCCGGCUGGUUCCUGUGCACGUCCCUGCGCGGCCACCAGCCCCUGGCGCUCUGUCGCCCCCGCGAUGUCACCUCCCACCUGCUCGACUUCUACUUCCAGCUCUGCUGAGCGCCCCCGGCCCCUGCGCGGGGACAGGGGAGCCCCAGGGUGGUGGCAUCUUCCUGGGGAGGGUGGCAUCACCCCAGCAUGGUGACAUCUCCGCCAGGAAGGUGACAUCCAACUGGGGAGGGUGGCAUCCCCCCCAGGAUGGCGACAUCCUCACCCCAGGGAUGGUGACAUCCUCGCUCCUCGGUGACAUCUUCCCCAGGACGGUGCCAUUCCCCUGGGGACAGCGACAUCCCCCUGGGGACGGCGACAUCUUCCCCGGGCGCCGGUGCGGGAAUAAAGAGAUGCCGAGGCCA